AUGGCCAAUAUUAAAGAUCAAUUAAUCAAUAUUAUUCGUUCAGUCUCAACAGAGAAUACAAAAAUCAUUGAAGAAAUUCGUAAACUUGCAUUUCAAAAUCCAUCACAUUGUAGAAAAACUACUCUUAAAGCUUCAAAAGAGCCACUCAAAAAGAUAGGAAAUCGGAUGACUGCUUCUGAUUCAGCUUCUUCUGAUCAACAGCAAAUGAAUGUGAAGAAAUAUGCUGCAGAGAGUAAAAUCUUUGUAGGCAAUGUGAGUUCUCAAUCUGAAAUUACUGCUGAAAAACUGCACAAGUUCUUUUCAAAGUUCGGGGAAAUGGAACGAGGUCCAUUAGGAUUUGAUAAAGACACUAGGAAGCCGAAAGGGUAUGCUUUGUUUACAUAUAAAACUGUUGAAGGAGCAAGAAAGGAUUUAGAAAAACCAACCAAGAAUUUUAAUGGACAUACACUGCAUUGUGCAAUAUCUACGGGUGGCAGUGGUAGUGGUAGUAAUAAGCAGAAAUCUGGUUCUGGUCCAAAUGAAAGCUUAACCUUGACGAAUGAAGGGUGUGAUUUUGCUGCAAUGGCACCAACAAAUAUUCAACCAAGAGCAGCUUCAGCAAUGAAGAAAUCUGCAGCUUGUGAUAAUCCACAAGGUUGUCACCUAAACACUUCGCACAAGAUUGGACCGUCUAGGAAUGCUCCUGCUAAGAAACCUGCAUUAGCGUGGCCAGGAAUAUGUAUACCAAAACCGCAUUCGACGCGUGGUGCCAUAGGGAAGAAGGAGUAA